AUGGCUAUUGGAAACAACACACAGAGAAGCUAUUCCAUCAUCCCCUGUUUCAUAUUUGUGGAGCUUGUCAUCAUGGCUGGGACCGUUCUCCUCGCCUACUACUUCGAGUGUACUGACACUUUCCAGGUGCAUAUCCAAGGAUUCUUCUGUCAGGACGGAGACUUGAUGAAGCCUUACCCUGGGACAGAGGAAGAAAGCUUCAUCUCGCCUCUCAUGCUAUACUGCGUGUUGGCUGCAACCCCCACUGCUAUUAUUUUUAUCGGGGAGCUGUCCAUGUAUUUCAUAAAGUCUACCAGAGAAACCUUGAUCGCCCAGGAGAAAAUGAUUUUGACUGGAGAGUGCUGUUACCUGAGCCCUCUGCUCCGAAGGAUCAUCCGAUUUAUAGGGGUGUUUGCCUUUGGACUUUUUGCUACUGACAUAUUUGUAAAUGCCGGCCAAGUGGUAACCGGGAACCUGGCACCUUACUUCCUCACAGUGUGUAAGCCCAACUACACCAGCACAUCUUGCCGAACUCACCAGCAGUUCAUCAAUAAUGGGAACAUCUGCACUGGUGACCUGGAAGUGAUUGAAAAGGCCCGGAGAUCCUUUCCCUCCAAACACGCUGCUUUGAGCAUUUACUCAGCUCUGUAUGUUACGAUGUACAUCACAAGCACCAUCAAAACAAAAAGCAGUAGACUGGCAAAACCCGUCUUGUGCCUGGGAACCCUCUGCACAGCAUUCCUCACAGGCCUGAACCGAAUCUCUGAGUAUCGGAACCACUGCUCAGAUGUGAUUGCAGGCUUCAUUCUGGGCACAGCUGUGGCCCUGUUCCUGGGAAUGUGUGUUGUACAUAAUUUCAAAGGAACACGUGGCUCUCCUUCUAAACCCAAACCUGAGGAUCCCCGAGAAAUGCCCCUAAUGGCCUUCCCCAGAGUAGAAAGUCCUCUGGAGACCCUGAGUGCACAGAAUCACUCGGCCUCCAUGACUGAAGUUACUUGA